GGCACAAAAUUCUCAGAAGUUACGUAUAUGUGCCAUACAAAUUAUAUUCCCAUCUGUGGAUCAAAUGGGGACACGUACCAAAAUGAAUGCUUUCUCAGAAGGGCUGCUUGUAAGCACCAGGAAGAGAUAAUAGUAGUAGCAAGGGGACCAUGCUACUCUGAUAAUGGCUCUGGAUCUGGAGAGAGAGAAGAGGAAGGGGCAGGGAGAGUUGUUCACAGAAAACACUCCAAGUGUGGACCUUGCAGAUAUAAAGCUGAGUGUGAUGAAGAUGAAGAGAAUGUUGGGUGUGUAUGUAAUAUAGAGUGCAGUGGAUACAGUUUUAAUCCUAUGUCUGCUCCUGAUGGGAGUUCCUAUAACAAUCCCUGUUUUGUUCGAGAAGCAUCUUAUAUAAAAGAACAAAUUGAUAUAAGGCAUCUUGGUCAUUGCACAGACACAGAUGACACUAGUUUGUUGGGAAAGAAAAAUGAUGGACUACAAUAUCAACCAGAUGUGAAAAAUGCUAGUGAUCAAAGGGAAGAUGUUUAUAUUGGAAACCGCAUGCUUUGCCCUGAAAAUCUCAGUAGUUACUGUAUCCAUGGAAAAUGUGAAUUCAUUUAUUCUACUCAGGCUUCUUGUAGAUGUGAAUCUGGUUACACUGGACAGCACUGUGAAAAGACAGACUUUAGUAUUUUCUGUGUAGUGCCAAGUAGGCAAAAGCUCACUCAGGUUCUUACUGCAGCAAUUAUUGGAGCUGUACAGAUUGCCAUUAUAGUAGCAGUUGUCAUGUGCAUAACAAGAAAAUGCCCUAAAAACAAUAGAGGACGACAGCAGCAAAACCUAGGCCAUUUUACUUCAGAUACAUAUUUCCAGAUGGUUUAAACUGAUGACUUUUAUAUGUAUACUGACCAUGUGAUAUACAUUUAUUAUGUCUUUUUUUUAAAGAAUGGAAAUAUUUAUUUCAGAGGCCUUCUUUUUGGACAUUUUUAGUGUAGUACUGUUGGCUCGUAUUUAGAAUAUUCAGCUACAACAGUUUUGGACUGUUUAGUAGUCUUUGUUUUAUGUUUUUAAAUACAGAAAUUGAUUUCACAGAUUUGUACUACAUGGUAAUUCUAAGACUUGUUCUUUACCCAUGGAAUGUAAUAUUUUUGCGAAGACGGACCACUUCCAAGUGGUUAUAAAGUCAUACCCACUUCUUCCACAAUGACCACAUCAAAUGACCAAGCUUGAACUGAAGACCUUUCCUCUGUGUUUUCUGAAACCCCUCUUCAGUGACUAUAAUAUAUACAAGUCUUCAACCUCUUUACUAUAUAUGUGUAGUAUACAGCUGCUAGAGGUAAGUAAAAUCACUGGCUCUCUUCUGAAAGUAUCAUUUACCCUGGAGCCUUCUCAAGAGGAGAACUGUUUCUUCUACCUCCCAUGUCUCUGGGUCUAGAGAAGGUAAUGUCAAUUCAAAACCACUUCUCAGUAGCAUGUACCUAGUGUUUUGACACUUGGAGUAGAUCAUUUUCAACACCUCUUUCUCUAUAUGAUAAAAUUAUUUUCAGUAAUAAUCAUCACAUGAAGCAGAUGAUAAUAGCCAAAAAAGAAAAGCAGUAAGUUUUCUUUUAUUGAAAAAAAUAUACGUAUAUAUACUUUUUCUUUUGAACAGUUUCUGUGUGCCCAUCUUCAGGGAGCAAUUUUAAAGGUUUGUAUUUUACUGUACCUUGUUCAAGGCUGAUUGUAAAUAUUUUUGUAUCUGAAUAACCUUAUCUAAAACUACACCAGGGAAAAAAAAUAUUCAGAACUAAGAAAAAUUGCACAUUGCUAUCAUUGUUUAUUUUGAACCUACUGUUUAAACACGGGAAUAUGUGGGAAUAUGUUACACCAGACAGUCUGGGGACACAAACUGUGUCCAAAGGAAGCUUCGAAAAUUCCAAACCAUUUGAAAUUUAAUCAAAUUGGAAGUGUGUAGUUUAGUCCACUUCGUUGGGCUGACUGUACAGCUGGGAGUUCUUUGAAUUAACUUCUGUGUUGAUAUAAUAUUUAUUAGCAUAUGCAUAAUGAAAACAUCCUGAUUUGAAGAUUCCAUACAUAUAGAAAUCAAACAGUCACUGCAGCAAUUGUUUAGAACUUAGACCAACAAAAGAUUUUUUGGGGGGGAGGAUUAUUUUAUCACUGCCAUUGGGCAUUAGAUUCAUUGUUUUUAACCCAUUUUAUUAUCAUUUUAAAAGUCUCUGCAGAUUUAUGUACCUCCUUAUAGACUGCCCCCAUCUUCCUGCCCUGGCUAGGCCACUGUCAUUACCCUAGUGGUUUCACGCUUGUAGUUUCUCUCUUUUCAAUAUUCCUAAAUAUUAUUAUCCCAUCAUCCUUUCCUCUAACCCACUUACCUAUGGGAAAAGAAAUCAAACUGUUGGAAAGAUUGGAGCACUGUAAAUUCAAGUCAUCUAUUUCAGUUGGACUAAUACAUCCUAGAUAUCUGAUUCUCCUUCUACAUGACAGUCUUAAACCUUCUCCCUUUUUUCCCCAUCCCCAGUUGUCCCUUUCCUUCUUGAUAAAUCAUCCCAUUUCUGCCUUUAUAGAGAAAAUAAAAGCUACCAGAUGGGAAUACCUCAACCUUCCAUUGAAACACAUCAAAACCUUUUGUUAUCAUCUCCAUCAUCUUCAAAAUGCCCCCUCCUUUGUCGACCCUGACCCAGCCCUCUUGUCCUCCAGCUGCUUCCUCUGAAAGUGCAUCUGUAUAAUCAGCAAAUUCUCCUAUAUCUUCAGGCUCUUCUCAGGGAGUUCAGCCUAUCUCUUGCCCUAACUGAAAUUGAAUUUUCCCUAAGGACCCCACGAGUACCCAUUUAGUAGCUAUUAAUUUUCUUAUGUGCUAGUAGGUAUUCAGAUUCAGGAGAUGAGAUUGGGGUUUUCUUCCUCUCAUUGGUUUUUCUAGAUUCUUACCUCUUUACCCUGGCAAAGCAAACAUACGAAAACCUAUUCCUCUGAGACAUAUGCCCUUCAGCUUUACCACUCUUUCGGUCUCUCCGUUAUAACUCCAUUACUCAUCAUGUGUUUUGGCAACAGAGAAACAAGAAACAGGCAGCAUAGGAAAGAGAAACGAACAGUCUUUCUCUUUCUAUUCAAAAUCUUGCUGUUAUGGGUGACACUAACACACAAGUGGAUGAUUCAUUCAACACCCUAGCCUUUAAUUUUCUUGAUCUUUUGGCACCAGCAAUCUCUUGCAUCCCAUAGUUUUUAUCUACUCUCCUGGUUACUCUCUGAAUCAUGUCAUCAUUUCUUGCAGUCCACAUCCAGAAUCUGAUUCAGGCAUCCUCCUCUCUGAUGACUACCUCAGCUCCUUCAGCUUGUGUGUUAGCCUCUUGUUCAUUGUUCUUCUUGGUGACCUUCAGACCUGGCUUUUUUAUCUAGUUUAGAU